AUGUACUCCGCUGUCCCUCAACAAUUGGCUUCACAUAGCCGCCAAAUGGAUGCAUCAAAUCGGACUUUGGCAUUGCCUCUCAGCGAAGAUGAUUCUGAUAUCCGCCAAAAGUACCGACCAUUCAUCCUGAGCGACAAUGCGACUGAGGAUUGGGUCAACAACUUGGAGCUCACCACGGCUCUAGACUUGGCCGAGCAAAACUUGCGCGAUACAAAGACGAGGCUGAAAGUUCUGGUCCUAUAUGGCAGUCUUCGGAGAAGGUCAUAUUCGCGGCUUGUGGCACUCGAAGCCUCCCGUAUCCUUUUUCGACUUGGCUGUGACGUACGCGUCUUUAACCCGGAAGGUCUUCCGGUCAAAAACGAUCAUGAUACAGACCAUCCUAAAGUCCAGGAACUCCGCGAGCUUAGCUAUUGGAGUGAUGGUCAUCUUUGGGUGUCGCCCGAACAACAUGGCAAUCUUACGGCGGUGUUCAAAAACCAAAUUGAUUGGAUUCCUUUGACGACAGGAAGUGUUCGUCCCACUCAGGGUCGAACGCUAGCGAUUGCCCAAGUGUGCGGUGGUUCUCAGUCUUUCAACGCUGUAAACUCUCUGCGCAUCCUAGGCCGGUGGAUGCGUCAACCAGAAGAUCAACGUCUUAUGCCUAGUGGCAACCGAGAUCGUCUGGUGGAUUGCAUGGAGGAGUUUGUCAAGUAUACCAUCUUGAUGCGGCCUCAUAUUGCGCUGUUUGGUGAUCGCUUUAGCGAACGAGAAGAAAAGAAGAUGAAGGAAGCUAAGAUGAAUGCUGCUAUAUAA